CCUUUUGAUUUCUCGUGAUUUCUACUUGAUUUCUAGUAUGGAAAUCAGUUUGUUCCCCCUUGGUACCACCAGUCGACUCAACACAGCCCAGAGUAUCUACUUGAGCAAUCAGAAACAGAUGGUUAUAGUUUUAGGUAUGAGAGAAUAUUACAAUCUAACAGUAGAAGUUGUACAGCUCAUAGAUGAAUUCAGAUAAUGAUUAUUCACUAAUUAUAAUUCUUUAUUUGUACACAAAAAAACUAGCUAUAGCAGUAACACAAAAUUCAACAUCACAAAUUUUAUGUUUUAUUGCUCCAAUAACAUUAGCUGCAAGUAAUCUGAUUUUUUAUACGAAAUCCAAUGGUGAAGCAAAUAUUUUACUUGAUUUCGAUUUUAAAUCUUUUGAUCUUAUCAGUACAAUCUUUUCCGUAGCCAUUUGUAAUAGUGUACUUAAUGGUAAUUCUAAUUGGAUGCAAGGUAUACAAUUAUUAUUAGCUUAUGGAACUAUUGCAACUGGUUUCUUUUAUAUGCCUUUUUAA